UGCAACAGCAGAGCCCCGCGCCGCUCCCGCGCCGCCAAUUAUUCUCCAUGGGCUGCAUCGCUCCUCGUUAAUGCCCUGCGCUCGGCGAGCAAAUUGGACAUCCUCUCGCCACCUCCAAGGGUCACUUAGUGAAAGGCAGGCUGGAGGGGGGGGAGCUGCCGGAUUCAUUCGGAUUGGGAGCAGAGAGGGAGGGACCCUCCGGAGCCGGAUUUCAAAGGGAGGCAAUUGAGGCGAACGCUUCAGACGCGGGGCAGGAAUGGCACGUUUUUCCAGGGCAGCUUUCCUUCGGGAACGCGCCGGGAUCGCUGCGUGCCUGCCCUGAGAGGCUUGGGGCAGAGCCGGGAGCGAGGGAUGCUUUAUGGCACUGCGGUGCUCGGGCUGGUCCUGCGAGCAGCCCUCCGGCUCCGGGCACAGCUAGGACAGCCGCCCAGCACCAGAGAUCCUUCCCUCCCGCGCUGGCACUGCCAGCGGGAACAGAUAAAAGUUCAGGUUCAAGCCCAUGAAGAAAAUGUCACAGGCCACAAGCUGCAAGAACAGCCCCUUUAAAGAAGUGGAAGAUCUGCCUUCACUGUAAGUGCUCCCAGGAAGAGCACAUUGUAACAGUUAUGCCUCUGGAGAUGGAGAAGACAGUCACGAAGCUCAUGUUUGACUUCCAGAGGAAUUCAACUUCUGACGACGACUCAGGCUGUGCUUUGGAGGAGUACGCCUGGGUCCCCCCCGGCCUGAAGCCUGAGCAGGUGCACCAGUACUACAGCUGCCUGCCCGAGGACAAGGUUCCCUAUGUCAACAGCCCCGGAGAAAAAUCUCGCAUAAAGCAACUUCUUCACCAGCUGCCACCACAUGACAAUGAGGUCCGCUAUUGCAACUCAUUGGAUGAGGAGGAGAAGAGGGAGCUCAAACUCUUCAGCAACCAGAGGAAGAGGGAAAAUUUAGGGAGAGGCAAUGUUCGACCAUUCCCUGUAACCAUGACAGGAGCCAUCUGUGAGCAGUGCGGCGGCCAGAUCAAUGGAGGGGACAUGGCCGUCUUCGCCUCGCGGGCAGGACACGGCGUCUGCUGGCACCCUCCGUGCUUCAUCUGCAGUGUCUGCAACGAGCUGCUGGUUGACCUGAUCUACUUCUACCAGGAUGGGAAGAUCUACUGUGGCAGGCACCACGCCGAGUGCCUCAAGCCCCGCUGCGCCGCAUGCGAUGAGAUCAUUUUUGCCGACGAGUGCACCGAGGCCGAAGGGCGGCACUGGCACAUGAAGCAUUUCUGCUGCUUUGAGUGCGAGACGGUUCUGGGGGGGCAGCGCUACAUCAUGAAGGACGGGAGGCCCUACUGCUGCAGCUGCUUCGAGUCCCUGUACGCCGAGUACUGCGACACCUGCGCCCAGCACAUCGGUAUUGACCAGGGCCAGAUGACGUACGACGGCCAGCACUGGCACGCCACCGAGACCUGCUUCUGCUGCGCCCAGUGCAAGAAGUCACUGCUGGGACGGCCCUUCCUGCCCAAGCAGGGGCAGAUCUUCUGCUCUAGGGCCUGCAGCAUUGGUGAUGACCCCAAUGGCUCCGACUCCUCUGACUCGGCUUUCCAGAGCGCGCGAGCCAAGGAAUCCCGCCGCAGCGCCAAGAUCGGCAAGAACAAGGGGAAGGGCGAGGAGGGGGCGCGCAGCCCCUGCAACCAGCUGCAGGUCACCUCCAACCGCCUCUCCACUGACGUGGACCCGCUGUCCCUGCAGAUGGAUCUGCUGAGCCUGGCCAGCCAGACACCGAGCCUCAACAGGGACCACUUGUGGAGGAGCCGGGAUGAGCUCUAUCACUAUGGGGGCAAAAUGGAGCAAAGCCAGUCUCAAACCCCCUUGCAGCUUCUCAGCCAGUGCAACAUAAGAACCUCCUAUAACCCCACCCAGGUCCCGAGCUCACAGUCGGAUUUAUGGGCAAAACAUUUUAGCAACCCAAAGAGGAGCUCCUCGCUGGCCAUGAAGAGCCACGGUGGCAGCUUCAUCCAGGACUGCAGAGAGGACUACUACUCAGGGAGGCUCCGCUCACAGGAGAGCUACAGUGACAUGUCCAACCAGAGCUUCCCAGACACCAGAGGAAGUGUCAAAGUCCCCAAGUAUGAAGAGGAAGAGGAGGGUGGGAUGCCGACGCCACAGUGCCGCACCCGUCACCCCAUCAAUGCCCUCAAGUUCUCUGAGGACCUGACGCCCACUGAGCAGACUCCACGGGGCUCCAUGGAAUCCCUGGCACUCUCCAAUGCUACAGGCCUCUCAGCAGACGGUGGAGCCAAGCGCCAGGAGCACCUCUCCAGAUUCUCUAUGCCUGACCUGAGCAAAGACUCGGGCAUGAAUGUCUCAGAGAAGAUGAGCAACAUGGGCACCCUGAACUCCUCCAUGCAGUUCCGCAGCGCCGAGUCGGUGCGCAGCCUGCUGUCGGUGCAGCAGUACCAGGACAUGGAGCCCACCCUGCACGACCUCGCCAGCCCCCUCGGCUACCAAGAGCGGCCGUCGCACGGGCGGAUGCACCAGAGCUUCGACUACGGCAGCGGGGUGCCCGGGGGCAAGCUGGGGGCGCAGGAGAUCCCGAGGCACGCGCCCAUGAGCGAGCGCACGCGCCGGAGAACCGUGCUGCGGGAUGACGAGCGGCACUACCGCCCGCACCGGCCCCGGCGCUCCCGGCGCUCCCGCUCCGACAACGCCCUGCACCUGGCCAGCGAGCAGUGCUACCGCCUGAAGGAGAGACCCUCGCUCCGAGCCAGGGACGACUACGACCCCUUCGUGCACCAGAGGAGCUGCAGGGAGACGAUGGAGCAGGGUCCCUACAGGGAUGUCUACGGCCACUGUCCCCGGACGGUGUCGGAUCUUGCCUUGCAGAACCACUUGGGCGAGAGAUGGGGGCCCUACUUUGCCGAGUACGACUGGUGCUCCACCUGCUCCUCCUCUUCGGAGUCCGACAAUGAGGGCUAUUUCCUCGGGGAGCCGAUUCCGCAGCCUGCCCGCCUCCGGUACGUGACCAGCGAGGAGCUGCUGCACAAGUACGGCUCGUACAGCAUGCCCAAGUCUUCCACCGUGGGGGCCAGGGGACAGUUGCACAGCCGGAAAAGACAGAAGAGCAAGAACUGUAUCAUAUCCUAAUGGCAUCCUUGCCAGGCACCUUGGGAGAAUGUAAAUUAACUCACGAUCUUGCACUGUUUUAGAUCAUGUAAGUGCUUUUAUUGUAACAAAAAAAAAAAAAAAAGGCCCGAAGAGUAGGGAUUUGUAAGAAGGUUGUAGACCGGCUUCUAUAAAUAGUCAUAAUCCUGGGCACAGUGAAUAUAUUUUGCACAUCUUACUUUGGAGAUAAAAAUUUUGAGAGUUCACUUUAGUCUGUAAUAUUUACCCAGUAGUUUCUCUUCCUUCUCCCAAAUACUGCCACCCCCUUGAGCUCUGUUUGUCCGUACGUUUUGGUUGCCACUGUUGACUCUCAGCAUCAGUUUGCUGGUAGCUUUUGCUUUCCACCACAUUUUUGUUUUCCAUUAGCCAUGUUGGUAGGUGAUUUGUCUCUUGGACAGUGUGGGAGCCUAAGUUAUUUCCAUGAUUGUUGUAAAUGCGAUGUAAAUGAGAGUUUGGAGAAAAUAUUUUUGUAUUUUGUAAUAUCAGAGGAAUUUCUAUAUCUUAGGAGUCACUGGGAAAAUGCAUGCACAUUCAGAUUUGUUUUCAGUCACAGCUAACCAAACAGUACUUUGGACCUCCCUUUCCAUUUCAUCAUCAAACUCCUUAAGUUUUAUCAGUGAGAGUCUGAGUUUUCAUUGGUUCUGAAGGUUUUUUUUUUGUUUUAACCCUUUUUUUCUGUUCAUUUGUUUUGAUCCUGAUCAAUAAACAGAAUGUUUUUUGAUCCAUUAAAUCUUGACAAGCCUCAGUGGCAUUUUUAAGCCUGUGAUUUGCAGGUACACUCCAUCAGUCAGAUACAGUAACCCCUGACAGCUGCAAAAGGGACCUUUUUUUUUUAAUUAUUAUUAAAUAGGAAAGACCAGAACUACCAAAUGUCUGCAACAUUGUAAAUUACCAAAGCUGGAGAAGGAAUUUCACACCUCUGUAGAGAACGCUGAAGUUACUAAACAUUGAACUAUUAUUUGGAGUAAAUAAAGUGUAAAUGGUGCAA